AAAAAAAUCAGAAAUGACAAUUCGACGUGUACAAAAAUGGAUUAGUAGCUAAAUAAAAUUCGUUUCUUUUAAUUACCCAAUUAUUCUAAGUUGCUGGCGUCUAUAUAGGUCAAUACAGGAUUCUUGAAUUGUCAUAAACAUGGAUGAAGAACUAUUAAAUUCGAGCGCUAAGAAGGGCGCUUUCUCGCAAUUUUGCACUAGGAUAUCACAGUGGUACCAAGGAGUGGUGGAUAGGACAGUACCUUGGCGGAAAAUACGAUGGUUAUCCGCUAUACUUCUCCUUGGCGUAUUUUUAGCCCGGGUGCUACUAGCGCAGGGAUGGUAUAUAAUCACAUACGCGUUAGGUAUAUAUCAUUUAAAUUUGUUUAUAGCGUUUUUGACACCAAAAAUCGAUCCUGCAAUGGACUUUGAUGGAGAAGAAAAUGGGCCCGAAUUGCCAACGAGGGCCAACGAAGAAUUCAGGCCUUUCAUAAGAAGGUUGCCGGAAUUCAAGUUUUGGUAUUCGGUGACGAAGAGUACUCUCAUUGGUUUUAUUUGUACAUUCUUCGAAUGCUUUAAUAUCCCCGUGUUUUGGCCGAUAUUGGUCAUGUAUUUUAUUACGUUGUUCUGUAUUACGAUGAAACGACAAAUCAAGCACAUGAUAAAGUACAGAUAUUUGCCGUUCACUCACGGGAAACCGAGGUACCAAGGCCACGAAGAGACGACAGGCAAGGCCAGUACUGGCAAUAGUGAGACCGAUGUUAUACAGCUUUAAUUUGAAACAUGAAGAAACUCCGGGAAGCCUAAUCCAAAAAAUAAUAUACUUAACGAAGAUUUGGUUGUUCCGCUUCGUCAAUAUAUCCGUUUUUGGAUUAUCCAAAAAAUAAACCUUGUAAUUAAGAAUAAUAUUUUUGUGCAUAAAUACACCUUUUGCUGGCGACAUAAAUUCCAAUGUGUUUGUGUUCGAGCUAAACUCUAGUGUGAUUUUCAUUUAAUAUCUGUUCUUCGAUGUUUUUGUAACAGUAAUAUUAAAAUUUUAAUCAAAUUUGCCUACAUAUACAUAGGAAUUAUUGACGAUUUUGUUUAUACGUUUUUAAAUAAAUAGUUAUUUCCUCUACUGCAAAUAAGGUAUGAUGUACAAAUGUUCUACAUAUGUAUUAUUUUGUUGUUAAUUUAUUUACAAGGAUGCAUUUUAAAUAAAACAAUUUGUUCCAAUCUGUAA